AUGAAGGUCAGUGAAGAUGCACAGAUCAGCUACAACCACAGAUCCAGUCUUCAUCCUGCUCCUGUGACAGAUUCUCACACCAACAACAUGCUGUUCUUCAUCUUCUUAUCAGUUCUGGCUCUGGGUGUCGCAUCUCCAGGUGAUGGUGAAGUGAAGCUACAGCGAGGUGGUUGUCCCAUGUUUUGGUUCAACUUCAAUGGACGCUGCUACAAGUAUGUCGCCACAGAGCUGACCUGGGCUGAUGCAGAGCUCUACUGUGUGUCACAGAGGGCCAACCUGGUGUCCAUCCACAGUCUGGAGGAACACAAAUUUGUCAAAACUCUAAUCCAGAAUUAUGACCAUGCUCAGGGAUGGACCUGGAUUGGACUGAGUGACACCCAGAAGGAAGGAACAUGGAUGUGGUCUGAUGGGUGUCCAGUGGACUUUGUCCUGUGGGACAACGGAGAGCCUAACAAUAUCAGCUACAACCACAGAUCCAGUCUUCAUCCUGCUCCUGUGACGGAUUCUCACACCAACAACAUGCUGUUCUUCAUCUUCUUAUCAGUUCUGGCUCUGGGUGUCGCGUCUCCUCCAGGUGAUGGUGAAGUGAAGCUACAGCGAGGUGGUUGUCCCCCGUUCUGGUACAACUUCAGUGGACGCUGCUACAAGUAUGUCGCCACAGAGCUGACCUGGGCUGAUGCAGAGCUCUACUGUGUGUCACAGAGGGCCAACCUGGUGUCCAUCCACAGUCUGGAGGAACACAAAUUUGUCGAAAGUCUGAUCCAGAAUUUUGACCAUGCUCAGGGACACACCUGGAUUGGACUCAGCGACAUCCAUAAGGAAGGAACAUGGAUGUGGUCUGAUGGGUGUCCAGUGGGCUAUGUCCUGUGGGACAACGGACAGCCUGACAAUUCCAGGGGAAUUGAAGACUGUGGAGUCAAAAACUUUGGUGAAAAUUUAAAAUGGAAUGAUGAUGCUUGUUCUCUAACUCUUCCUUCUGUCUGUGCAUCUCGUAUUCUCUGCCUGUGACAGUAAUGUCAAUCAGUCUGGUUGUUCAGUUAAA